AUGUCCGAAGCACGGGUACAAGCUAUUUUCAACAUUGAGCCGUUCGAACCGUCUAUGAAUUGGGAACGAUGGGUAAGACGGUUGGAAGGCGCGUUCAAAUUAUUCAAAGUUGAGGACGACAACAAAGUCCCGUAUUUAUUACAUUACAUUGGUGCGUCGGCUUUCGACGUAAUAAGCAAUAAGUGUGCACCGGACGAUCCGUAUACGUGCACCUACAGAGAUUUGAUCGAGAAGCUCAGGCAAUUCUACGCUCCUGCCCCGCUUGAGAUUGCAGAAAACUUUCGUUUUCACCAGAGGCGUCAAAAAGAAGGAGAAAGUAUACUGCAGUACGUUGCAGCCCUACAACAAUUAAGUUUAAAUUGCAACUUCGGCGUUUACUUGAAGACGGCGCUACGUAACCAGUUUGUUUUUGGCGUUACGAGUACGAGGAUACAGUCAAGAUUACUUGAAACAAAGGAUUUGACCUUCGACAAGGCUGUGGAGCUGGCAACGGGCAUGGAAAUGUCGGCAAAAGACACCGAUCAACUACAAGGAUCAACAGCAACGGUUCAAGUCGCGGAUAACAAGAAAUUCCAAAGACGAUCAUCAAAUUACCAGCCUAAACAUACGAAGAAAACGCAGCAGCCACGUUCUAUACAUACACCUACAAACUCUAAAAACCCUAGUAAUACUAAUUAUAGCAAUUCUAAAAAUAUUUCAUGUUUCAGAUGCGGAAAAGGGCAUUUAGCCACAAAAUGUAAUUUAAACCGAAAUAUUCGAUGCGCUGCUUGCGGGGUUCAAGGUCAUCUCCAAUCGGUCUGUUUCAAAAAUAAAGGACAAACACAUAACGUCGAGGAAAUUCUAUACAACGCUACAGACAACGACGUACUACAAUUAGAGCAAGCGAGACACAGAGACAAAUUUCUUGCUAAACUUCAGGUAAAUAAUAAGAUUUUAGAGUUCGAAGUAGAUAGCGGUGCGGCUGUUACGAUCGCAAAUAAAACCCAUAUGCUUAAAUUGUUUCCAAGUUCGACCGUACAACCAACUACGCUUAAAUUAACUACGUAUUGUAAAAAUACACUGAAAACGGAAGGCUACAUAACAGUACAUGUCCAAUACGGUAAUAUGGUACACCAGUUAAAUAUAUAUCUUACAAAUGUAAGUAGAAUACCAUUGUUAGGGCGCGAAUGGUUACGCCAAUUAUUAAAUGAUACAGAAUUACGUAAAAUUUCUUUAAACCAUUGUACAAUAAAUGCGAUUGAAACCGAUAAGAAGGUACAAUUAAAUACGAUCUUACAGAAAUGCAAAGAGAUUCUCGAGCCAGGUCUUGGUCGCAUUACAAAUAAACAAGCACGUUUAACGCUUAAAGAUAAUGCUAAGCCUAUAUACGUGAAACACCGUACAAUUCCUUUCAAAUUAUUGCCAUUAGUAGAAAAAGAAAUACAAAAUUUAGAAGCAACGGGAAUUCUAAAAAAAGUUAAUACCUCGGAGUGGGCUACACCGAUAGUUCCGGUCUUAAAAAAAGAAGGCACCGUUAGAAUUUGCGGAGAUUAUAGUAUUACAAUCAACCCGAACUUGAUAGUGGAUGACCACCCAUUACCAACAAUCGAUGAACUUUUCGCGUCUAUGGCGGGUGGUACUACUUUUACAAAAAUUGAUCUCCGACAAGCUUACUUACAAUUAGAAGUCAGGGAAGAAGAUCAAGCGUUACUUACAUUAAAUACACCCUGGGGAUUAUACAAACCUACGAGACUAAUGUACGGAAUUGCCUCUGCACCAGCUAUAUGGCAGCGUGAAAUUGAAAAUAUUUUAAAGGGGAUUCCGGGAGUUACGGUUUUUCUCGAUGAUAUUAAGAUUACUGGCACUAGUGAUGCAGAACACCUGCACAGGCUAGAAUUAGUUUUCCAAAGACUAAACGAAUACAACAUUAAAAUUAAUUUAGAGAAAAGUACUUUCUUUACAAAUCAAAUUAAAUAUUGCGGUUACAUUAUUGAUAAAAAUGGAAUACAUAAGGAUAGUGAAAAGAUCGAAGCUAUAGAGAAAAUGCCUACUCCCCGUAACGUAUCAGAAGUACGAUCUUUCAUAGGUUUCGUAAACUAUUACGGUCGUUUCAUUAAGAAUCUUAGUUCAAUAUUACACCCAUUAAACAAGUUAUUACAUAAGGAGUCAAAAUUCAUUUGGUCCAAAGAAUGCGAAGUAGCUUUCAGAAAUGCAAAACGAACUUUUCAAAGCAACGAGAUAUUAGCUCAUUAUGACCCUAAACUGCCACUAAUUUUAGCUACCGAUGCAAGUUCUUACGGCGUGGGAGCAGUAUUAUCCCACGUUUAUCCGGAUGGUAGCGAAAGGGUCAUACAAUAUGCUUCAAGUACAUUAAAUGAUACACAAAAGAAAUACGCUCAAAUCGAUAAAGAGGCGUAUAGCAUUAUCUUUGGCGUUAAGAAGUUUCACCAGUACCUUUACGGGAACAAGUUCACUUUAUAUACAGAUCACAGACCCUUAGUACACAUAUUCGCCCCUUCGAAAAGUUUACCGAUAUACAGUGCAAUGCGUAUGCAACAUUAUGCGUUAUUUUUAAGAGGUUUCAACUAUACGAUUAAGUACAAAAAUACAAAAUUACAUAGUAAUGCCGAUUGUUUGUCUAGAUUACCAAUUGCAAACCAAAAUAAUACUACACACGACGUAGUCGACAUACACCAAAUAGAUACGAUACAAUCAUUGCCUGUUACAUUUAACGAACUAAUAGAAGCGACGAAACAAGACGCGUCUUUAAAACAAAUAGUACACGCGAUAGAAACUGGUACGUCAUUACCUAAAAAUGAUAAAUUCCGCGGUAAAGAAGUGGAAUUCAGUGUCAAAAAUGGAGUCCUUCUGCGGGGACAUAGGGUAGUCAUACCAAAAAUGUUGCAACCUAAGAUACUAAAAGAAUUACACAAUGGACAUUUUGGAAUUGUAAAAAUGAAAAUGUUAGCACGUAGUUACGUUUGGUGGACAGGUAUAGACAACGAUAUUAAAACUAUUACAGAAAACUGUGCAGAAUGUAAUGCGAAUAGAAAUAAUCCACCAAAGAUUAAACAUACUUGGGAGCCUGCUACUUUUCCCUUUGAACGCGUACAUAUUGACUUUGCAGGACCAUUUAAAGGGCAUAAUUUCUUAAUAAUAGUGGAUGCGUACACUAAAUGGCCGGAAGUUUUUAUAGUAAAUAAUAUCACGGCAGAUACUACGAUACAAAAAUGUCGCGAAGCUUUCGCUAGAUUCGGUUUACCAAUGCAAGUGGUGUCAGACAAUGGACGUACCUUUGUAUCCGACGAAUUUCAAAAAUAUUUACAAAAUAAUGGAAUUACCCAAAAACUAACAGCUCCUUAUAAUCCAGCUACAAAUGGGUUAGCCGAACGUUUCGUACAAACGUUAAAGAAGGCUUUACGCACAAUAAAUACAUCAAAUUCAAAUUUACAAGCAGCCCUGCAGCGAAUACUAAUGCAAUACCGAAUCACUCCGCACUGUACAACAGGAACCUCUCCGGCGGAAUUAAUGUAUAAUAGAAAAAUUAGAUGUAGUUUAGACAUAAUGUGCACUAAAAAUGACGAAAAGGGACAAGAAUACGAUGUUGAAAGCGUGCGAAAUUUUAAGGAAGGGGAGAGAGUGAGUUGUAGAAAUUAUCAAUGCGGAGAUAAAUGGAUUUUCGGUAGAAUAUUAAAGCGUAUUGGAAAGUUACAUUAUACGAUUAAAUUAGACGAUGGACGAACUUGGAAGCGACAUAUAAAUCAGAUGAGACCAAUUGGAGAAUACACACCUUCGCGUUUAUUGUCCGAAGAUAAAAAUCCAAGCAGAUACAUAGAUUAUGCAGCAAAUACAGAACCCCAGCAAGCAGUGGAUACGUUAAGAAAUAAUAGAGUAGAAGAACCAUGCGUUGUAGAACAACCGAUUAAUGUACAACAAAUUCGUAGAUCAGAUAGAACUAGAGCACCGCCUAUGAGAUACGGUGACUUUAGAGUUCAUUAAGUAAUUACAAGGUCAUCUACUUCCCAUAUAGGAGAUAGUAGAUAAAAGAGUAAUCGUUCUGUUUUAUUUUAUAUAAUUUUUUUCUUUAGUUUCAUACCAUACACAUACAUAUACAUGUGGGUAAAUCUUUAUAUUUCAAUUCUUUUGUUUCAAAUUGUUUUUCCUUUAGGACCCCCUAUUUUUAAGAAGGGGGAGUGUUAUAGACAGUUUAAAUAAACCGCGACUUGAUAAUAACAUUAGCGACAACGAGCGCCAGGUACCUAAUGUUUACGCGAGUGCCCUCUCCAUAAACGGAAGAAUGCGAACUCUCCUCGACCGGGCUACCGAACCGUGCGGACACGUUGUACUAAUCGUAAGCAGUGAUUUAAAUAAAUUAGUUCUCGACUG